AUGUCUUCCUCUCAAGGCCGCAAACGCUCCAGGCUGGCCUGCGAAACAUGCAGGGAGUUAAAACGGAAAUGUGACGGCAAUCGACCCUGUGGAGCCUGUGUCCGCUUCGAAUAUGACUGUACCUACAACUACAAGCAAAACAAUGCCAACAAAAGAAGGAAAAUACUCGAGCAAGACAAAGAAGCUCCUCUUCCUUCACCUCCAGUUCAGGUGGACAAAGAUCCCCGGUCACAUAUUACAUCGCCGCAUCAACUUCAAUCUCUAGAAGCAAACUCUGGGGCUGCCUUUUUUAGAAGAUUGGCCCUGAGACUAGAUCCAAAGAAUGCUCCUCGCAUGCACACCUUUUCCUGGAAUGCUUUCCUUGGGGCAAGAAGAACAUCACAGGCCCCUGUCUCGAGACCAAUCACAGAAAUGCUAUCUCAGGAAGGGAUGGAAAGUCUCAGUGAUAUCUACUUUGAAAAGUUGGAUCACAUUUAUGGCUUCAUCGACCGGGAUUGGAUCUCACGCAUCAUACAAAACAGAUGGUCUGGUCUUAUGUACGAUCAGUCUGAAGAUGCAGUUCUAUGUGGUAUAGCAGCCAUAGCAUGUUUGUUCUCACAGGUCGAGCCACUACCACUCGAGCUUGACUUGAUAGAAUCCGCCAGAUUCAUCCUUGAACAAAACAUGUCCGACACUCCAUCUGUGACAGGUGUUACAGGUUGGUUACUUAGAGUGAUAUAUCUAAGAACCGCCGAGACGCCACACAUGGCUUGGAUGGCCAGUUCGAUCCUCAUGCAUAUGCUGGAAGCAGCAGGUCUGCAUUGCGAACCAAGUGAAGAAUCAGUUUUCCAAGUAGCCGAGGAAAAGGUCGAUUCAGAGCUUCGAAGAAGGCUUUUUGCUGUUUCGGUGCAUUUGAAUAUUUGGAUUUCUUUCGACAUGGGUCGAUCUAGAACGAUGCUUUGCAACUCGACGUUAGAAAUGCCAUCGACUAGAGAAGGGGAUUAUACUCCGGAACUCAUGGAGCUAUUGCCAUACUCCACCGACCUUGAUCCACACAAAACUCACGAUGCUGCUGAACUCGAAGCUUCUCUAUCAGUAGUCCUCAACCGUGUCCACUCAGUUCCUCCCUCCGUCAUGGCUCAGUGUAAUUUGACGCUUUGCCUCUGCCGCCGUUUACAAUCCAUGAACACGUCCUUCACUGGCAAGACUCUCGAACAGAUACUCUCCAUCACUCAAAAGGGUAUUGAAGCUGCACAGGCUAUCAUUGACGCUCGAGCUCCAUGGCAUCAAAUGGCCAACGUGCCUUUUCAAAUCAUAUGUUUACUUCUAGCGAUUGAUACAAGAGAAUCAUUAGCACAGCUCAACGACGCAAUGCAAUGUCUCAACAACAUCGCAACUGUGUACAACACCAACGCUACAAAAGAGGCGCUGAACACGGCAUCCUUGCUGAUUUUGAUGCAGCAGCGGCGUAAAGAGAAGUGUGCAUCAGAUUUGAGCAAUAUCGUCAAGAGUUUCCCUAUUAUUCCUCUUUCCGAGACUCAAAUUGAAGCUCCUCUGCAGCAGGUGGAUGAUAUGAGGUGGUUCAACAAUCUGGCAGGGGAAUUAUCGGGCUUUGACUAUUCAGACCUGGAUAAGUUUCUUUCCCAAAGCAUGUUUUGA